AUGUGGGCAGGCCACCGCCGCCGGUGCACUACGCGGGCCCAAGCCCGCCCGGGGAAGAUGAGCAGACCCGGCCCGGGAGCUAGGGGCCUCGUGAGCUUCGCCGAUGUGGCUGUGUACUUCUCCCAGGAGGAGUGGGGACGGCUGCGCCCCGGGCAGAGGGCCCUCUACAGGGACGUCAUGCGAGAAACCUACAGCCACCUGGGCGCGCUGGGAAUCCCAGGCCCCAAACCUGCCCUUAUCUCCUGGGUGGAACAAGAGACAGAGAUCUGGGGUCCGGCCGCACAGGAUCCAGAGGAGUUGGGGAGAGAUCAGAGAACAGUUUGUAGAGCAGGAAACUGGAGCAUAAAGAAUUGGAAUAGAGAAGAGCCCCAAGCCAGAAAUCCUUUGGACACAAAUGUGAGAGGCCAACUACUGGAACCUGGCUUCAAACUUAUAGACUCAACACACAAUGGAUCCUUGGAAUUGGCAGAGUCACCAUUCAAGACUGACUUCAGCAAGACUUUACCUCAGCCCUCUAUCCCAAAACCUCCAUUGGACACCCAGACAGGCCAACGGCGCCAUGCCUGUCCUGAUUGUGGACGCCGCUUUACCUAUCCUUCCCUGCUGGUCAGUCAUAGGCGAAUGCACUCUGGUGAAAGACCCUUUCCUUGUCCUGAAUGUGGAAUGCGCUUCAAACGGAAGUCUGCUGUUGAAGCUCAUCAGUGGAUCCAUCGAUCUUGCUCUGGGGGACGCAGGGGUCGUCGGCCUGGGAUACGGGCUGUGCCACUUGCCCCUGUUCGGGGUGACCGGGACCCUCCUGUGUUAUUUCGGCACUACCCAGACAUCUUUGAGGAAUGUGGAUGACCUGCUUCACUGGGGAUGGGGGAGAAGUGAUUGGAGAGGAGCUGAAGGUCUAAGCAUGGUCAAAGUACUAGAGGUAGGCUCUAAUGGGCAUGGAAGGGAGUAACCAAGCAAGACCUGGGGCCUGAAGCCAGUUCCUCAUUACUCCUUUGUGGGCUUAAUUCCAUAUUUGUUUGAAAGUGGGGGAAAAUGUACCUGUAAAAAGUUCAAAUUAAACUUUAUAAAAAAUUCAUUCAAUGCAGUAGGAGUUAUGGAGUAGCCUAGCUUUUAAUCAAGCCGUCCACUAACUAGAAUUACAGGCUAGUUCAACCUGCUGUCUUUCUACACUUUAUCCACUAUAUGAACAAAAGUAUCACUGGCACUGAGAAAACACAAAAUGAGAUGAGGAAGCAGGAAGAGGAACUGGGGCCAGAAAUGAUGAACCAUAACUGAAUGAUUCUUAGGAGAUAGAUACAAUAGCAGUUAAGGUCCAAAGAGUGGUCUAGGAAAAACUAGAGGUCUGGGACCAAAUGUACAGUAUUGGCAUUUUCCAUGUAGCAAACAUCAGAGUAGGCAAUAGUUGUGCAAUAAGAGAUAAAUUUUGGGAAGUAAGGAUUAGCAACCCACCCAGAGGUUUGAAUUAGAGGAGGCUGGAGGUGGGUGAAGAGUUAAAAAAUCUGAAACCAUGUAUAACAGGAAAAUAGCAUCAAUCAGAGCAUCAAGAGCCACACUUGUAAAAGUAGUAGUGAUUCAGGUGAGUGAUAAUGAUGACAUUACCUAGCCUAGUGGAAGUUCAAUAAUAAAGGAAAGAAUAGAAAAUCACAAUAAAAGAAUUUGUAGGACUUUGUACCUGUUGGGCUGGUGUGAUAUAGGAUGUGCAAGACAGGAGUCAAAGAUGAUGCCACAGUUUCAAGCUUGAAUGUUUAAGAGAAUAAUGACAUUGACAGCACAGGGGAAGUGAGAUUGAGGACAUGAUUUAGCAAGCACAGAGGAGCAGAAAGACCUCUGAUUCAAUGUGUUGAGUUUAAAAUGGACCUAAAGACAAAUCUUGGGGGUUCAAUAUUAGGCCUAACAAAUAGAGACUUGAAAGUCAUCAAUUUGAAAAUAAUAGAGGAAUGGAUAAAAUUAUGAAGGGAGAGUGGAAAGAAGAAAAAGAGGGCAAAGGCAGAGAAUUUGGAGAAUGCCCAUUAUGGGGCAAGAAGGGAAAGAAAGCAGGGCAAAAAAAAGAGAAUAGUCAGAGGAAGCAAACCUUGCAAAUCUUGGAAGCCAAGGGAAGAGUGUCACAAAGAAGGGAAUAGUAAAUAGUAUCAUGUUGCACAGUGGUAAAAGAGAAUAAGGACUGAGAGAAAAGACCAUUGAUUUUAAUGAUUAGUAAGACAAUGGUAAACUUCAUAAAAGUGGUGGGAGCAAAAACCAGAUUUAGAGUGGGCAUAAGGAAAGUCUUUACCUGGAAUACAAAGUUCAUAUUGUAAAAAAAGUAAUUUAUGUUAAAUUUAGAAAGAGCCUUAGAGAUCUCAUAGUUCAAACCUAUGAUUUUAUAAAGUAGAAAACUGAAUUUUACAGAGGUUGUGUGACUUCCCCAAGUUAACAGAUAGAGAAGAAAAACCAAAACAGAAUCUGGAUCUCCUUAUCUUUGGACCACGGUUCUUUCUUAAUCAGCAUAUAAUCUUUGACCUACCAAAUUUAGGCUCUUCACAGACACAAAGGGAGGAACUUCUAGAAUAGGGGGAAGCAUCCAAAGGAUUGAAACCCUGUUUAUUGCCAAAAUGCUAAAUAAUGUAGGAAAAAAAACCAAAGAAGUGUGUAAAUCUCUUAAUAUGUGCUCCAAAAUGUAUUUUUAUGAUCUGAAACUUUGUUGCCAAGGAUAGGAAUCAUAUAAGUUACAUAAGGGCUGUAUCUCAGAACUAGACUCACUCUCUUGUGCCUUAGCUUUUUGUUAGUAAUCAGAAGUGACUAAGCAGUUACCUCUGUGGUCACAUUUAUUGGAAAACUGCAUUAUCUUAAUCUAUGACUUAGAGUCUUGUUGGAGGAGAAACUUUGAAAUAUCCAUUUUGUGAGAAUGGGGGGGGCUUAACACAGUGAAUCUUUGUAUUCUCUGCCCUUGUUCAGUCACAUGACUCCAAAGAUGUGGUUUGCCAUAGAGAAUUGGGAAAGACUAUCAUCCCGUUCAUUUUUUCAUCAGUGCUACUAGGAGAUGUGUAUCAUUCUCAAAAGAUGUCAUAAGGAUGAGAAUGUUUACUUCUUCCCCACACACACACUAAAAAAAAAAAUGAGAAUGUAGUUAUAUGGAUCGGUAGCUUUGACAUCCUCUCUGUCACCUUUUUUGGGGGUAAUAUCCAUCAUUUCCUCCCCUUUUUUACCUUCUAUUCACAUAGAUAUCUUAUUAUUAAAUGAUCCCCUAUUGAUUUCAAGAUUGUUACUUCCAUAAUGAAUUUCUGUGAUAUAUACUUUUUUGUCUGCCUAAACAUCAUAUCAGUUUUCCUACCUAGCAUAUUAGGCAUUCAGGCAUUAAGGUCCAAAUAGUAUUCCUUUGUCCACUGAUGAUGAUGAAAAUAGAUGGUUAGAGAAAUGUUGAUUAAUUUGUUCUAUUCUGCUCUAUUCUAUUCCAUUUUAAGCAUCCACUUCUUGCCUGUUUAACCUUUUGAAUGCUUUUGAAUUUGUUACUUGGUUGGUUCCCAUGUCAAGGCUUCUGUAGCAUUUUUCCCUUUCACUACUUUUUUGCUGUUUUAUGAGAUAAUUCUUGUAAUAUUCUACCUUCCUCUAAGGCUUUGCAAAUGAGUUUGUAUUUUAAACCAGUUUAUCAUGUGUUUUCUGAUCAAGGCUGUUUCUGUCUG